AUGGCGGACACGUCCCUUCAGAAGCACUUCAACAUGGCAUCACUCCGUGAUCAGGAGAAAUUAGAGCGAGUCGCGCAUCCGCAAACUGACCAUCGACAACAUAAUGUUUCGCCACAAAAGAGAGCAUUGCUUAGAUGGCAACAGAAGGGCAAAGAGAAGAGCAGUAUAGCAUUGGCCUGCACUUGGGUUGUGGACCAUCAAAUCACUAUAUCGUUAAACUUCAUAUCAAUACUCUUCCUCAUCCACCUAGUCUUUCCCUCGGCGCAACAUCACACUCAGAAGUUCUUUCGUAUUUCCUACUUUAACCCAGCGACUGGUACCUACGCCCUUGGUUGGGACGAUAUUUUCUUUGUCUUUUACUGGACCGUUGUUUUUACCGGUCUACGAUGUGCCGUCAUGGACUACCUGCUCACUCCACUAGCGUCUCUCCUUGGUAUCAAGAAGAAAAAGCCCAAGGUCCGCUUUGCUGAGCAGGCCUGGAUCUUCAUCUAUCCCUCCUUCUCCUGGAGUGUAGGCAUGUACAUCAUAUACAACUCAGACUACUGGCUCGACCUACGUGCACUAUGGAGGAAUUGGCCGAUUCGAGAAAUGGACGGGCUGGCCAAGUGGUACUACCUCGUCCAAUUCGGUUUCUGGCUGCAGCAGAUAGUCGUGGUGAAUAUUGAGGAACGGAGAAAAGACUACCACCAGAUGUUUACACACCACGUUAUCACGUGUAUUCUGAUGCUUGCAUCCUACGGCUAUCACCAGUCCCGUGUUGGCACCCUCAUUCUCUGCCUCAUGGACAGUGUCGACAUCAUCCUGCCACUCGCAAAAAUCUUGAAAUAUCUCCACUUCAAUGUGGCUUGCGACAUCGCAUUUGGGAUCUUCAUUGUGACCUGGUUCAUUACCAGACACGCGCUCUAUAUGACUGUUUUGUACAGUAUCUACUCCGACAUUCCCCAAGAAAUCCAGUAUGGCUGUUACAAAGGCAGCGUGCAGAAGCUUCAGGGGCCACUACCUGUCCCGAAUGAUUGGGACCACUUGACCCAACCAUUUCGGGACCCAGAAGGCUUGGUCUGUUGGAACAACAGUAUCAAGUGGGUCUUUUUGUGGAUGCUUGCAGCUCUUCAAGUCGUGCUGCUUGUGUGGUUCAUCAUGAUUGUCAGAGUGGCCUAUAAAGUGGUGACAGGAAAAGGAGCCGAGGACGUACGAUCUGAUGAUGAAGAGGAAGAGGAAGAGGAGGAAGAAACCAUGGCCAACGAGAAGAAGCCCUUAAUCGACAACGUCCACACCUGCGUCGAAUCGCAACCGUUCCUCGAGAAGGAGGUGUUGAGUACAGACCCAGGGUUUUCAGUUUCAAAAACAGCAUCCUCUCCACGCAGAUCGAAGCAGAAAUCGAAGUCUUCUUCGUCAUCUCUGGUACGCACCUCGAGCGCCGGAUCGUCGAGUUCGACCAGCAGGAAAAGCUACGACUCGGCACACGCGUCAGGCAUCAAUCUCUUAGCAGGAAGCAGUGAUCGGAAAGAGUUACUUGGACGCAUUGGUUGCGACAAAGGAUCGACAUCGGAUUGA